UCGAUUACACCGCACUCUCGAUACAAGUUUGUUUUAAAAUGGCGGCGGAAGCGUCGAGACAGGUAUAAAAUGUUUACGACCGCGGAUAAACUUGUAAAAUGCGCUUGGUGAAAUAACUCGUUAAACACCAGAGAAGUGCAUUCUCUCCUCCACUGAUGCCGCGAGAGCAAAAAAAAAAAAAAAAUGUCUCUCGCAUUUUAACUUAAUUUGGCUACACUUGAGGAAGAGCUGGUAAAAUCAGUGAGUUGGCGUCAGCAGCAAGUGCACUUGGCGAGCAAGUCCGGUUCGACGUGGUCUUUGUGUUUACCAGCCGCCUUUCGUCCUUGAGUUGAAUAUAUGUGUUUGUCCCGACAAAUGAACUCAAGCUGGUGGUGUUUGUGUGCAGUAAGCUGCGCUGAAGAGGCAGGGAGGUGAUGGUGGUGCAGGAGUAGUCACAGCAUCAUCAUGGACCGCUCCGGCCGGCGGAUACCUGCCACCCACCUGUAGCAUCAACCGGCAGCAUGGCGAACAUGACCCACGGCACCGAGGACCCAGGCAGCCGCUGUGGUGUGUCUGGAGGAGCCAUAGUGGAGAAUGGCUCAGUGGUCAAAGACCUGACUGCCCCUGUCCUCCAUGAUCAUAUCAACCACCGCUGCCAUGAAGCCAGCAUAACCCCACACAGCGAGCCCGUCCUGCCCAGUUACAAACCAUCCUGCUCCUCUACCCCCAUCUAUUACAGUAGUCCCCAGAAAAGCUACUCAGACCUGGACCAGGACAGCCACAGCUUGACUUCCCAGGACUCAGGUAUCCCCACUCUGGAGAUCAACCCUCCAGAGCCCAUCCUCCACCGCCACCAACGCCCAGGCGACGCAGGCCUCAUCCUGGACGCCAGUCACGAUUCUCCCGCCACUUUACCUUUGGACGACGAUCCCUCUGACAACAACACCAUCCGCAAAUCCUCCACCUUCCCCCGCAGCGGGUACGACUCCAUCCGCCUCUUCAGCCCCGGCCUCAGAUUAUCCGCCACCACUGGCAUAGGGGUCGGGGGCGGAGCCUUAAACCGCAGCGAUGACAUCUCUGUGUGCAGUGUGUCCAGCAUGAGCACAGAACUAUCCGUCUCCAAUGAAGACAUCUUGGACUUCACUGUCACCUCUGACUCCAGUGCCAUCGUCACCUUGGAGACAGACGACAGUGGCACUGCUCACUUCUCAGACGUGACGCUGUCCUCAUCUCCGGGAAACCCCAGAGACUUAUGGAGCCCUGUACGACCAUAUCUGGGGUCAGGUGUCAUGCAGCAGGAAGAAGAUGGCAGGCUGAAGAAACUGGGACCUCUAGCAAGUUUAUUCAACAAGAGCCUGUUUGCCAGGAAGGUGAAGGACAGUCGGCCAGCGGAGCAGAGGGAUCCAGGUUGGAAGCUGUUUGGAAAAGUCCCCCCGCGAGAAGGCCCCAUCAAGGACCCCAAGAAAAUACAAAAGGAAUAUGAAACAAAGAGUGGUAGAGCUGGACCUGGCAACCCAACAUCUCCCAGGCAGAGUGUGAGGAAAAACCUGGACUUUGAGCCACUCUCCACCACCGCACUUAUACUGGAGGACAGACCUGCUAAUCUGCCUGCCAAGCCAGCUGAGGAGGCACAGAAACACAGACAGCAGUAUGAAGAGAUGGUGGCCCAGGCCAAGAAGAGAGAGUUGAAGGAUGCUCAGAAGAGGAAGAAGCAGCUGGAGGAUCGGUGUAAGCUUGAGGAGAGCAUUGGCACAGCUGCCCAGACCUGGAACCAGGAGAUCUUACCUAACUGGAGUACAAUGUGUACAUCUCGACGAGUGAGAGACCUCUGGUGGCAGGGCAUCCCCCCCAGUGUCAGAGGCAAAGUGUGGAGCCUGGCUGUGGGAAACGAGCUCAACAUCACACACGAGCUGUAUAACAUCUGCCUGGCCCGGGCAAAAGAGAAGUGGAAGACCACACCAGCACCUACCACAGAGACUGAAACUGAAGAUGCUGGUUCUUCAGAUAGGGAGUCGAGCCUGGAGCUGAUCAAGCUGGACAUCUCAAGAACCUUCCCCCAACUGUGUAUCUUCCAGCAGGGCGGGCCCUAUCACGAUGUGCUGCACAGCAUUCUGGGAGCGUACACAUGUUACCGGCCAGACGUUGGCUACGUGCAGGGAAUGUCGUUCAUCGCAGCAGUGCUGAUCCUGAACCUGGACACAGCUGAUGCCUUUAUAGCUUUUGCCAACCUGCUCAACAAGCCCUGUCAGAUGGCCUUCUUCAGAGUUGACCACAGCCUUAUGUUGACCUACUUUGCCGCAUUUGAAGUGUUCUUUGAAGAGAAUCUACCAAAGCUCUUUGCACAUUUCAAGAAAAACAACUUGACCCCUGAUAUUUAUUUAAUCGACUGGAUCUUCACCCUGUACAGUAAGUCGCUGCCGUUGGACCUGGCGUGCCGGGUGUGGGACGUGUUCUGCAGAGACGGCGAGGAGUUCCUGUUCCGCACGGCGCUGGGCCUGCUGCGCCUCUACCAGGACGUCCUGACCUGCAUGGACUUCAUACACAUGGCUCAGUUCCUCACCCGCCUGCCGGACCUCAUCCCCGCCGAGCAGCUCUUCCAGCACAUCGCCGCCGUUCACAUGACCAGCCGCAACAGGAAGUGGGCACAGGUCCUGCAGGCGUUACAGAAAGAUCAGGAGCGAGGCAGCCCGGUGCUGAAGCGCUGAGCUGGGAUCAGAAGAAACCUUCACACACUAAAGGACUCAACCAGCUCCCCUCCAGCCUUUGGGGGAAACAAAAAAAAACACACUGGACUCUCACCAGGCCAGAUGGACCUGAGAGAGACCUACACUCAGCUUUGGGGACUCAUCUGGUUGUAGCUGCUGUGAUAAACCUCUUCUCCAGUUCCAUGUCACUGCUCUGACACCAGAACCAGGACCCUGGAGGAGAGGGUCUGUCAGCGACGAGGCAGGGGUGUGAAAAGGAACACGAGGCCUUAUUUAACUCCCGGCACCCCUUCUCCGCUCAGAGGCCCAGCAGCGGACUGGAAACUGUGACUGGCAGAGGCUGAAGAAUGUAUCACACACUCCCACAUACACGUAUCUAUCAGACUGAUUCAGGUCUCCACAGACCAGGGGAAACCACAGAGAUACAGUUACUACUCAAAUCCCCCGCUUAGUUUGUAAUUCUGCUGUCAGAGCUCUCUCUGGCUGCAGCUCCACUCGUCUUUUUCUUUCUAAAUAUUUUCUGACAAAACAACAGUCUACUCCUCGACCUGUUAGGCCGGGAAAAACUAUUAGACUGGGAAACUCCAGAGUCAGAUCUGUGUGAUAGUUUAAAUGUGUCAGUCUCUUUGUUUCUGCACCUUCUUCUUCCACAGCCUCCGAGCUUGAUUGAUUUGCUUCUCAGCUUUUCAUUCGCUUCUCACUCAGUUCAGAUUUUCUCUCCUGAACCAUUCCCAUGAAGUCAGCUCUUCUAAACACAGAGAGUUUAGUGAAGAGGUUUAAAGCCCUGAAGACGAGUUCGUUGUUACAUGUAACGAAAUGUUGUAACCCUCUGAACAGAGGUCAUAAGCUGCCUGUAAAAUGAGUUUUACAGUAUAUUUAUGUAAUAACUGGAGUAAGCGAUGAGCUAAUGUGUUACUGUUAGACACACAGGACACAGUUUCAGACAUGGACUCCCCCUGCUCUCAGUGUGUUUGAGGUACAUUUCAGCUUGUUAGUGUUUUGAUUCUUAAUGUCUUGACGUGAGUGUUGAUGUCUUUUGUGCAUUUAUUUAAUAUUUAUCAAAAGGAUGACGCGGCAUAAACAGGACUUGUUCCAGUCACAUGAAGGGUUGUUGCUGAGCCCUCUCCCCAAGUCAACAGUCAGCUAUCGUGGCACGACCGCACCCUAUAGGUUCUGCGGCCCUCAGCACCCAGUUUCUCUCUCACUUUAACGCCUUUAAAAAAAAGACACCAAUCCAAGCAAAGCAAAACGUGUGAGGAGGCUGUUUUAACACGUUCACAGUGGCAUGAAAACAGUCGGCUAGUUCAUCUUCUUCAUCCUGAAUUUCCAGUCACGCAGAUCAUACGCACAUGUCAGUGGUCACCUGAGCCUUCACCGUGUCACCUCCCUUCCUAUCUGUGGCUGUCUGAGGUCGUUGGUGUGUCAAGCUCCCUGACGUAGCAUUCACACUGUGGUUAAAGUGUCAUUCCAUCCUGACCAGCAGGGGCGGGGCCAGCGUCAGGGUUGAAGUUACAUUCCAAGCAUUGUUUUGAUGAGUUAGCCAGCUAGCAGGCAUUACUUGAUAAUCAGAUUUUUAAAGUGAAGUACCAUCUUGCUGUUGAUCCCAUACAGUUUGAUAAAUAUCUUAUAUGUGAUGUUUAUUUCUUUUAAAGCCCGUUUUGCACAUAAAAGUUGAGAAGUGCAGAAAUGUUGCUGGUUGUUGAAGAGCUGAGGUUGGGUUGAGGUUUUCUCUCCAAAGAAACUGCUGAUGGUAUUUCUCAGUGUAACUGUCCUGUUAUUGGUCGUGAAGCUGCUUCAUCUCAUGUGUUGUGCUACUGAUUUUGUGUGUGAUGCAGUUAACUUCUGUUUUGUUUUUGUUUUUGUUUUUUUGCCCUGUCAUAUUGAUGAAAUCUUCCAUUUGGCCUGUGUAUCUGUCGUCCCCACCGAGGUGAGACUGCACUUUCUUAAAUUACCUGGACCACAACUGAAGUAUGAGAAGUGUUCUGGUUUUUAAAAACAGGAAGCGCCUUUCAUUUGUUAAUCGUCAUCUCAGUCGGUUUAUGGCUGCUAACAGACAGUCUGUGUUUGAGUGUGUGUUUCAUCUCUGCAGCGUGCAGCAGGCUCUCUGAUCAUUCUCCUCAAUGCAACCCCCCACCCCCACCCCCACCCCCCUUCUCCUCCUGUGUGGUGACACACCGCAGGACUGCAAUAAAGCUUUUUGCACAUACAUGUAAGCCUUUGAGUUGUGCCUCUCAUCACCAGUUUAUGUCAUCACUCGCAGGUUUAAACGGGUUGUGUGUCCAUGUAUGAACUGACCCUCCCAGCUCUACUAACACUACCUUCUGUCUGCCCUUCUAUCACAGAACACACGCUGUAUGACCCACACUGGUCAAAAACCAAACUCAAUCAAACUAAAUUUAAAGAAGAAGUGUAAUAUACUGUUGUGUAAUGAUCUGUUUGAUUUUCUGGAUGUUUUUCAUUUCUUGGGUUCUGUUUGUUUUGCAUUGUCUUUUUUUUUUCCCCCUCAAGAGACCCAUGUACUGUAGAGGACUGAUAGACACACAUGGAGACAACAGAGGGUCACCAUGCAACUUUAUCUCACUUGAAAUGUAUAUAAACAAUGGUUUUAUUAAAAUAAAGAGCUGUACAUAUUCAA